UUAAGUUUGAUCAAGAAAUGGAGAAUUCAUCGUCAAAUCUAAGCUCGCUUCCUGAAGAGGAAUCGCAAAAUGGUGGAACUGCCGCUCAGAGUGCUGGAAAAUCUCCAUCGGCUUUUGCUUCCAAGCCUGAUCGUCCUCCGAUUCAGACUUCAUCAAAAAAAUAUGCACCAUUAGAUUGGUCAGACUACUUUGACCAAGAAGAUGAUGUUCGCAUCCCAGACUCUGAAAAUGUAUUUCACUUCUAUAAGGCAGGGAAUGAGGGUCCAGUUGUUUUAUGUCUCCAUGGUGGGGGUUAUUCAGGGCUCUCAUUUGCUCUGUCAGCAAAACUAAUUAAAGAGAAAGCUAGAGUAGUAGCAUUGGAUUUGAGGGGACAUGGGAAGUCAUACACUGAAAAUGAUUUAGAUCUAUCAAUUGAGACUCUUUGCAAUGAUGUAGUGGCUGUUGUGAAGACAAUGUAUGGGGAUUCUCCUCCAGCAAUUGUGAUGGUUGGCCACAGUAUGGGAGGUGCACUUGCUGUUAAUAUUGCUGCAAAGAAAGUGCUUCCUAGCCUGGCUGCGCUGGUUGUUGUGGAUGUUGUUGAGGGUACAGCAAUGGCUUCAUUAAUGCAUAUGCAGCAGAUCUUAUCAAAUCGAAUGCAACAUUUCUCCAGCAUUGAGAAAGCGAUUGAAUGGAAUAUCAAAGGAGGCUCUUUGAGAAACGUCGAUUCUGCUCGUGUCUCUAUCCCCAGUACACUAGUCUAUGAUGAUUCAAGAAAAUGCUAUACCCACCGAGCUAAGCUGGUAGAAACUGAACAAUAUUGGAGAGGAUGGUAUGAAGGUCUUUCAGAAAAGUUCUUGGCUAGCCCUGUACCAAAACUCUUACUUCUGGCCGGAACUGAUAGGCUUGACAAAACUCUCACAAUAGGCCAAAUGCAAGGAAAAUUUCAAAUGAUGGUGGUUAGGCACACCGGCCAUGCCAUACAGGAGGAUGUGCCGGAUGAAUUCGCCAAUCUGAUCCUCAACUUUAUAUCGCAUAAUCGGAUUGGCCCUCAUGGAGUUGUGAUCCCAGGACUUCGUCGUCCGUCACAGUAGAAAGUCGAACAUUGAAGAAGUGAAAGGCAGCAAUGGCAUUUAUUUAAAAAAACCAGGGCUUGUUGUAAGUGAACUAUAUUGGUAUGUUUUCAAAUUUCCAGAUUUAGGAAGUGGUUUAAACAUGCCAAGUGUACUAACGCAGACAUAAAAAAAACCCUCAGAUUUCGUUGAUAACAUCUGUAUGCUGUCUAUGGCUUUAUGCCGUCAAAAUAUAACACUGGUUGCAUAAUAAGUUGUUUCAUUAAACUACCACAAAGAUUAAGUAUCUAUCAAUUGGAAAUAAAUUGUUUCUUAUCAUAAGAAAGAGAAUGUACUCCAGAUCUUUUACAGACCAGAAUAAGGGGCACUGUCGAAAAGAAUGUUCAAGCAAACAUCGCUUUGAACCUUUAGUAUCUAGAUAGGCAUAGACCACUCAAAUUUAUUUCCAUCUGACAAAAACAUUAUCUCUUGCAAGAGGGACUUCAAAAGGUAUUCCAAAGAAUUAUUUAGUAGAGUAUUUGAGU